AUGAGGGUACUUGCGCUUGCUGUACUUGUGACUGUGUGUGUGGAUGCAAUGCCAGAGCGGCGGCAACCAACAUACUUUCUUCACUCCACUCCACAGGAAGGACCUUUAGAAAGACUGAAAAGAAAAACUAUUGAAAAAAUGCAACAUAACAUGGGACGCUUGAUUGAGGAAAUCAACGAGAAAAGCGGAGUCACAAGCGCUUACCAAGGAGAUAUUCUCUUUACAAAAGAUGAGCUGGAACAAAUGGGAACCCGUUCUAAACGGCAAGCAAUGAGAGACCUUAGCAGAAGAUGGUCAAACAACACGGUCCCCUACAUAUUUUACCAUCCAGACGAAAAGGCUAAGAACGCCUUCAAAAAAGCAGCGCAAUUGUGGAAUGACAACACGUGCAUUAACUUCAAAGAAUACUCGGAUCCGAGAACAUCGGGUAUCAAGCCGCCUACAGACUUCUUAUAUUUGGCUCCCGGAGACGGAUGUUUUUCGCAC